CAGCUAGCAGCUGCACCGGCAACCACCACCCGCACCCAGAGGUAGCUGCGGACUUAAUUGCUGGCCUUACAGGAGCCUAGAAGCGGGCAGUCAAGAUGAGUGAUAAACCAGACUUGUCUGAAGUUGAAACAUUUGACAAAUCAAAGUUGAAGAAGACUAAUACUGAAGAAAAAAAUACUCUACCAUCGAAGGAAACUAUCCAGCAGGAGAAAGAAUACAAUCAACGAUCAUAAAAUGAGGAUCUCCUUUCAAGAGCAACUUCACCAUUGCCUGACAGUCUUGGUUUUAGCCUUGUUUCUGUGAACCGAUGUGAUAAUGUAGGAUUUUUUUCAGUGAACAUAAGUGAUGCUGAUUUAAAUGUGUCUCUCCCAGUUCAUAUGCAUCUUUUUAGCUCCCAAUGUUUGGCUAAUUUAGUCCCUUUGGGAGCCAUUCUUAUAAGGUUAGUAGAAGUUAAAUAAGGUUAUAAAAGAAGCUUCUAAAAAUAGGAAGUGGGGAGAAAAAGCAGGACAGAACUGGGGGAGGAGGGGUUUCCACUACCCAGUAAUAACCAUCUAGACUAUGAUCCUAAUUUACACAUCUUCUUUUUAAAAGGUUAUGUAUUUGUGACCUAAAAUGUUAACUUGCUUUUUUCUUUCUAAGGAUGUAUAAGAACUUAUAUCCUUAAAUUGUCACAACUAAAAAUAAAGCAACAACAGAACAAAUAAUAACAAACCCAAACAACAA